CCGCAUGUUUCCCUCCCAGGCUUUUUGCAGCUUGCCUUGUCUCGGUGUCGCGGAGCUGGGGGAAUGUGGGGCCGCCGUCUCCUGAGCUCCCCCCUCUCCCCGGGGCAGUGCAGGGCCUACAGGGCGAGGGCUGCCCUGGCCCAACUCAGCCACGUCCUGGAGGCUGAGCUGGAGAGCAUCCGAGGCGCUGGUACCUGGAAGAGUGAGAGGGUUAUAACAUCAAAACAAGGGCCACAUAUCCACGUAGAAGGCAGCAGAGGAGGGAUCCUGAAUUUCUGUGCCAAUAACUACCUAGGGCUCUCCAGCCACCCUGAGGUGAUCCGCUCUGGACUAGAGGCCCUGGAGAAGUUUGGAGCUGGCCUCAGCUCUGUCCGUUUCAUCUGUGGGACGCAGAAUAUACACAAGAACCUGGAGGAGAAGAUCUCUCGUUUCCACCAGAGAGAAGACGCCAUCCUCUAUGCCAGUUGCUUUGAUGCCAAUGCUGGUAUCUUUGAGGCACUGCUGACCCCCGAAGACGCGGUGCUAUCGGAUGAGCUGAAUCACGCCUCCAUAAUCGACGGGAUCCGCCUGUGCAAGGCCAAUAAAUACCGCUACAAGCACAUGGACAUGCAGGACCUAGAGGCCAAGCUGCAGGACGCACAGAAACACCGCCUGAGGCUGGUGGCUACCGAUGGUGCCUUUUCCAUGGAUGGUGACAUCGCUCCAUUGAAGGAGAUCUGCAGCCUGGCCCAGAAAUACCAGGCCCUCGUCUUCAUCGAUGAAUGCCAUGCCACUGGCUUCCUUGGGCCCAAUGGGCGGGGUACUGAUGAACUGCUGGGAGUAAUGGACCAAGUGGACAUUGUCAACUCAACGCUGGGGAAGGCACUUGGAGGAGCAGCAGGUGGCUACACGACCGGUCCCAAGGCCCUUAUCGACCUGCUGCGCCAGCGCUCCCGCCCAUACCUCUUCUCCAACAGCCUGCCUCCUGCCGUCGUGGGCUGCGCCUCCAAGGCCCUGGACCUGCUCAUGGAGAGCAAUGCUAUUGCGCAGUCCAUGGUGGCCAAGACCAGGCGGUUCCGAAGCAAGAUGGCUGCAGCUGGAUUUAGCAUCUCAGGGAAUGAUCACCCCAUCUGCCCUGUGAUGCUGGGCGAGGCCCGGCUAGCAUCGGUGAUGGCUGAUGACAUGCUGGAGAGAGGCAUUUAUGUCAUCGGCUUCAGCUACCCUGUGGUCCCCAAGGGGAAGGCACGGAUCCGGGUGCAGAUCUCAGCCGUCCACAGCGAGGACGACAUCGACCGCUGCGUGGAGGCUUUCACAGAGGUGGGGCGUAAACAUGGAGCAUUGCCCUGA